AUGCAUUUACCUGCUGUGCUCCGUACACCCAUCACCGGCCUUAUUGGCGAAACCUGUUAUGAUGUGCUCAUUGAGAACCUCAACCUCACAGAUGUACCUUGCAUCAAGUACACCAUCUCCAAAGGUCUUGGUCUAGGAAUUGUCCUGGGUGGCUCGAUUGUCAAGAUUCCCCAGAUCAUGACCAUUGUCCGUAACAAGUCUGCCCAAGGUCUCUCCUUGUCAUCCUACCUCCUCGAGACCUUCUCUUAUGCGAUUACUUUGGCCUACAACUUGCGUCAGGGCAACCCAUUCAGCACCUUUGGCGAGAUCUUCUUUAUCUCUCUCCAGAACAUCGUGAUCACCUUGCUGAUUCUUUUGUACAGCGGCAAACGCGAAGCUUUGGUCAUGACUUUCACCUCUCUUAUUUCGAUAUUCUAUUGUUUGACAAGCGAAAAGUUGGUACCUGCCUCGAUUAUGGCUGUUCUGUACGCUGCCACGAUUCCUCUGAGCUUGGCCAGUAAAGUGCCCCAGAUCUCUGCAAAUUUCAAGAACAAGUCGACUGGCCAGCUUUCUGUCUUUACUGUUAUCAAUUACUUUGCCGGAAGUACCGCACGCGUGUUCACCACCAUGACCGAGCUUGAUGAUCCUUUGAUGCUCACAGGAACUGUUCUUGCCAGUGUUCUUAAUGCAGUUCUCGUUAUCCAGGUCUUCCUCUACUGGGGAAGUGGUAAGGGAAAAGGCAUCUUUCUUCUGUAG